AUUUCAAGUUUUUUUUUUUUUUUUGAAGAGCCCUCUUUUGUCAUCUUUCACCUUGUUUUUUUUUGUUUUUAACGAAUACACAUCUCGCAUCGAUCCUGUCUUGGGUCAUUUGUCUUUAUCACUCCCAGACUCAUAGCAGCUACAGCAUUACAGAAUCAAUAGCAAUUCAACUCGGAAGCCUACCUUGAAACGCAUAUCCUAUGACUCUAGACAAUAUCUCUAGCGACCUUUUCUGUAUAUUCCUGGAAGAUGAUAUCGAGUAAAUAUGCCCAGUCAUUCGUGUAAAAUAGAGUGAGAUGAAUGCAUCUAUCCUAGUCAACUAAGUUGUCAAAUUUUUUGAUUCCCUAAUUAGCAACAAUGAAUUGUUUUUUGAUGCUGAUACCCCACCCGCCAUCACAAAAGAUCCAAGAAGACUUUAUCAUAAAAAAGAAAUGCAACAUGAAUUACAGUUGAUACGUUUAGAAUCAAAACAUGCUCAGGAUUGGGCCAAGUUCAACGAAGCGUUUGCCGAGACUGCAGAAAAAAUACCAGAAUCUGAGCCAGUAUGCUAUUCAGACAUUCUAUUGGGAACGACUGCUUUGGAGUUGUUAUUAACAGAUAUCAAGGAGACGAUCAGUUGUGCUACAGCAGUAGAAAGCAACCCUGCCAGUUCACUGCCAACACACACCGGUGACGUGGACACGAAUGAUCAUAGUAAUCACAGUAGCAGCAGUAACGUCACGGAGGAUACCAUGGAUGUCGAUGAGAUCAACGAAGAUAUUUUCGUUGAUGUGGAAGACCCAGAGGAUGAUGCUACCAUGGAUAGUGAAACGUCAAAACUAAAGAGAAAGAUGGGUAUGGAAAAGAAGACAAGAAAGAAGAUGCGAAUUGAAAACAAGGUGCUCAGGAGAAAAUACAGAGAAGCAUUCAACGAGUUAAAGAAGAAACAGCAAGAGGAAAUCAAAUGUGUGUUGACAUUGCAGUUGGCAGAAUUGAAUGAUUUACCAGAAGAGUAUCAGAGGCGUAAGUUGCAGUCAUUACCUUCCCAUUUGCAAGACCUGUUAAGAGAUAAAAAUGAAGAGGAUGCGGCAACGAUGCCCACAUUGCCAUUAAAGAGAACUGCUACAGCUGACGAAGACGCCAAAGACAGGGACAUGGAUACCAGUAAAGUGAAAAAAGCACGUGUUGAAGAAACAAUAAAAAGCGAAAAGAAAAAGAAGAAAGAUAGCCUAACUGCAGAUGGGAGAGACAAUAGCAAAAAUAGCAAAGUGGACGAUAAAAACAUAUCGAGCAGCACAACAGCAAACCAUGACAGUAUGAAGAAGAGUACAUCCACAACAACAACAACCACCACUUCUUUUUCAUCCACGUGUAAGAGUUCAAGUAAUAAAUCAGCAGCAGCAGAAGCCAAUGCACCUUCAUCAUUAAAAACUAGCAAGAAAAAGGAUAAGCACAACAAAUAUAAGCCAACCACAUCAUCGCCUCUUGUCACUGGGGCUGCCUAUACUAAAAUCGACGUACCAUCGUCCUCUUCUUCAUUGCAAGCGCAAACGCAGCAACCUCUCUUUUUCAAUCAUCCGGAAAGCAGCCAGAAGAAGAAAGGUAGAAAAUUCCACACCAUGUUAGGACCCAACUGUACCCUCUUCAUCAGAAAUAAGCCUCGACGCUCUGUCAUUAUCAGAGAUGCAGAAGGACAUGAGCAAUACUAUGGCGAUCCUGUAGACUACAAUGAUGCGAUCUUUGGCAUCAAGAGAGACAACAACCCGGUCUUUCAGCGACUGAUGGACGGUCGGCAAUACUUAUUCUAUAGGAAUGAGAAGGGCAAGGUUUUGACCAUUGGAACGACGGCACAGAUUCAACCGCAAAUCAAGAAAUACUUUUUAUCGCAAUGAAGAGUUUUUUCAAAAGCCAGCCUAUUUAUUCAUUUCCACAGUUGAUUGGAUAGCGUCUUUAUAUUCCCCUUUUUUUUUUUAAGGCUCUAUCUCUUUUUUUUUUUUUUUUUUUUUUUU